AGACUGUCAUGGAGAGGGAGGCGGCGGCAGCGGCGGCGCAGGGAGGCGCUUUGGUCCACUUCCAGGGCCCGCACUGCCAUUCCUGAACCGGUCCCCGGACCCCGUGACUGUGGCAUCAGAAAGCUAACUGUUAGGCAAGAGGAGGCAGCAGUCAGAACCCUAUCCCCUUCUUCCCGGGCGGGGGCCGGGCCGGGCCGGCCUGCCUGCCGAGAUGGAUGACAGUAAGGUGGGUGGAGGCAAAGUAAAGAAGCCUGGCAAACGUGGUCGGAAGCCAGCCAAAAUUGACUUGAAAGCAAAACUUGAGAGAAGCCGGCAAAGUGCGAGAGAAUGCCGAGCCAGAAAAAAGCUGAGAUACCAGUAUUUGGAAGAGUUGGUAUCCAGUCGGGAAAGAGCCAUAUGUGCCCUCAGAGAGGAACUGGAAAUGUACAAGCAGUGGUGCAUGGCAAUGGACCAAGGAAAAAUUCCUUCUGAAAUUAAGGCCCUCCUUACUGGAGAAGAGCAGAACAAAUCUCAACAGAACUCAACCAGGCAUAGCAAACCUGGGAAGCCAGAUGCUAACAGCAACUCCUGGUGAAGAUCAUAUGAAAUGAUGAAACAGUGAUGGAAGCCAAUAUUCUAAUUUCCAUGAAGGACGAACAGGCACUAUUAUGCUUCUUGGCAUCAUGUACUACCUACUGCUCAGUAGCUGUCUCUGAAAAUCUGCAGUUUCUACCAAACUGUGUGAUCAUAGGUCACAAGAGAUCUUGCUUUAACUUUCAGCACUUAGAAACUUUACAUUCAGACCUAUUCUGUAAUACUGUCCAUGACAUAUAACAUAUGUGGUGAGGCUUGAAAGCACAGCAGUAGAGAAAAACGGAUAAAGAUUGUAUUUUUGCACCUUAACUUCACGUAACUUUAUUGGUUAAUUUAUAUUCUUAACAUGUAAUUCAUGUAAUUGUAUGUGUAUAUGUGUUUAGGUGUCUCCUCCUUUCAUGUUUUUGGUUGCCCUACAAAGAGAAACCAAAUGGGCUGAUUACUGACUGUAAAUUCUCAGCCUUUAUGGACCUAAUAUUAUUUGUUUGUAUUUACUUAAGUAAUGUUUAUUUUCUGCAUGAACCUUGAUUUCUCCUGUGAGCCAUUCCAGCAUAAGCUGUGAAUAUGUAUUAACAAAUAUGUACAUUUCUAUUUUUUUAAUCCGUAGCGAAAUGCCUGUUUUAAAAAAUGUACGUUACCAAAAUCCAUUAAGAAAACCCUCAAGACAGCCUCUACAUAAAACUUAUUGCUGUCUUCUUAUUCAACUAUAUUUAUAAAAGUUUGCUAGGGCCAAAUCCAUACUUGUAGAAUAAUUAGUCAGAUUUUGUUUUUAAGCAAGAAGUAACCUUUCAGGCAUUUCAACAGCAUACAUCACAUUGACAGCCUACAGUAUGUGUGUACGUACCUGUGUGUUUCUGUUGUAUAUUUAUAUAUGUAUAUGGGGAGGACAGGAGUGAAUGUUCACACACAUUUUCUUGUGUACUCUACUAGAUUGGAGAAUUUUUCUGAAGGAAAUAGGAUGAAACUAGCUGCUGAGAUUGAGUUUCUGCCUUGAGAUCUAGAGCAAAACAAAAGGGCAAAGCAAUGGACAGAACUAGUGGCUUUAGCCAUUAGCAGAUACUUGACGUCUUCCCUGACAUGGAUUUCCUUAUGAAUGUGUCCUAAACCUGAAAGAAACCCACUGCGGGUGCGCAUCUGGUUCAGCCUGUGCCUCCACUGUGGAGCUAGGUAUUGGCUUUGGAGUUGUACACAGCCCUGCAGCUAGCGGGCCUCAGGGAGGUGUAGAAGGGCGAAGUAGUUCUUUGCAGUUCUCAUCACAGCUGCGUUUGCUGUCUACCCCCCACCAAGCAGACUGAUGGUUGAGGAACAAACAAAGCUCGUGUGAUACAGAUAGACCUGGGAAUAUUGUCAUUUCCCCAGUGAGAUGCUUUGUCACUCUCUCUUCCCUUUCCCAUAGUUAAAUCAGCAGUUGUGUUCUCUGUUGCUGCUAAAUUAUAAUUGUACUUCACUCUAAUGAAGCAAAUAUUUGGCUUCCAAACAGAUAUAGUUUGUUAUAAACUGGCAGUUAAGAGGAGGCACUGUAGUAUAGCUUGUCUGUGAGGUGGAACAUGAGAUGGACCACAUAGUUUAAGAUUAGAAGGGUUCUUCCCCCUUCUCUCAGGCCAUGCCUUUGAAUUAGGUGUCUCCUCAUCGCCCAAGUUCCUGAAGACCUCUUGUACUUCAGCUGCAGACUCAGAUCUGCAGGCUAGUUGAGUGUGACUUCUGAUCUGUCACUAGCCCAGCUUGUUGUUGAAUUGUUGAAUUUCUCUGUAUUUUGGAAGAUUGGGAGUUCAAGGGUAUUUAAUUAACGUCUUCUUAGGACCAUAAUUAUUGAUAUUCAGGCAUUCAGAAUUUAAAUGUUUUAAGUGUAGCUGUCCGGAUUGUUAUUGGGCAUGUUUUUGCCCCAUAGUCUACUCAAUUGUAUAUUUUUAUUUUGCAAAACAACCCAAGACUGACGUUAUGUUGCUUUGGUUCAAUACCUUUUGAAUUCCCCAGAAGAGUUCUUUUGAAAGCAAACAUUCCAAAAAGCGUGUGGCUCUUCAAUGGAAUGUUUCCAUUGUGCUUGAAGGGUUUCUUCUCUGGUUAUAAUUCUAAGUUACACAGUCAUUUGAGCUGCUUCUUUCUCCCCUCGUAUCCUUGCAAGAGCAAAGACUUUGUCCUCAAGUAGAGGAUAUGUAAUUUUGGGUGAAAAUAAGUUACAAUUUAUUUGUGUUUAUUCCUGAAUCUACCUGGUAUCUUGGAGUAGAUCAAACCAAGAGAAUGUUCGCUGGUUUUUAUAAGGAAUGUUAUGAUUGUUUUGGGUACUGACUGAACGCUUUGACCACUCCGAAGCAUGUUAAUGAAUAUCACUGAGACACAGCACACUGGAGCCCCUCGCUUAGCAGUGACGACAGCAAGGCAGCGAGAGACGCUGGGUGCUGAGGGAACCUAGGCUUUCAGAAGGGGCUGCCCUCUGACUCAUGUUUUCUUUUCCUUUUUUCCCCAAAGAAAGAAAGCAAACGGGUGGAAUAUGUUUGUGUAUUUAGAUCAUUCAUAGUCUGUUAUUAUUUUAGCAUCAACUUCCCAUGUUUUAGAGAAACUGAAUGUAAUAAAUCUGACCAGGUCAAGUUUUAGGAAGUUCUUAAAUUUUUUUCUAUUUUAUCUAAAAUCUUUCUGCUAUAUCUAAAUCAGAACUUUCUUCCUGCAGCAAAUUCAUAUCACUGUUUGCCAGCUAACUGGCAGGACUUAGCACCACCAUUUAGCAUUUUACUGUAUCAUCACUGAAUUCUGAUAAAUCUGAUUUGGUUAACUACAGAAAGUACUGGUUUAAGCUGGAUUCACCUUUAGUUAAAGGCAAAUAAAACUUUUUUAAAAAUGCUGUAUUUCACAAGAAAUCAAUUGCAUAUUACUAAUAACAUAUUUUGUUUUUAUAAAGGAGGAUUAUUAAACCACGUGGUAUUGGGGGCACUGAAAGAAUUUUUCUUUCUCUGAAAAGGAUUGUACAAUUAUAUUUUUAUGAAAAAUAAAAUGUCUUUUACCAGA